AUGGAUCUUGAAUCGGGCACGGUCCAAGAGUUGAACAAACUGGUUCCUGGGAUGUGGCAGUAUCCUACAGAUACCCAACUUUGUUGUAUCUACAGAGUCCCAAACUGUUUGCGUAGCUUAAACCCUGACGCAUACACUCCUCAGUUAGUUAUCAUUGGACCUCUUCACCAUUUUUUAAAAGAUCAAGCUCUCAAGUCUCAUGGAGAUAUCACAGACGCAAAGUCCAUGGGCUACUUAAACAUGGAGGCUCAUAAGAAGAUUUACCUUAAGGAGUUCGCAGAAAGGUUUAAAGGGGAAAAUAUUAUUGAUGAAUUCAGAAGAAAGAUCAAUAAAGAUGAAGAGAGAAUUAGAGCAAGCUAUUCAGAAUCAACCGCAUGGAUUCAAACUUCCGCGUUCGUUGAGAUGGUCCUACUCGACUCUGUUUUCAUAUUUCAGCUCAUUUGGAAGUUUAUGGAAAGAAAACAGGGUAAAACAGGGGAUCGUCUCAUGGAUGAACCUUGUCUUGAAAUUACAGUCAAGAGAGACCUCAUGUUGCUUGAGAAUCAGCUUCCUUACUUCAUCCUCGAGAAACUCUUCGAACCAAGAUUCCUCCCGAAAAAGAAGCCUCAGGAGUUUCAUGAUUUUCGCAAAUCGAUCAUCACUUACUUCUUCGCAUUCAAAAACAAAAUCAGAAAUGACCCCAAAUUUAUUCAUUUCACUGAUCUGUUAAGACGUGUCCGUGUGGGGACACUUCCGGAUGAUCUUACUGGGAAAUUCAAUAGCAUAGAAAACAUGUAUAACGCCGAUAAGUUGCAUAGCGGCGGAGUGAAAUUCAAGGCCGUAAAUAAAGAGGCCGUAGAGGAAGAGGUAUCGUUCAAGGCGGAAUUCAAGAAAGGUUGUUUGAAGCUGCCUUGUCUUAGGGUUGAUGACGAAUUUGAGAUUACAAUCAGAAACAUUAUGGCUCUUGAGCAAUGCCAUUACCCUUCCAGUGCCCACGUUUGCAACUACUUUAUCUUCCUGGAUUACCUCAUCGAAACUGAUAAAGACGUCAACUUGCUUGUCGAAAAAGGGAUAAUACAGAAUUGUAUUGGGGAAAACCGUUUGGUGGCAGAGAUGGUGAACAAGCUCUGUCUAGGCAUCCUCGACCGUGGUUCUUACUGUUCUGAUAUCGCGAAUAAAGUCAAUGAUCGGUAUAACAACCUAAUCUGUAGGUCGUACGCAGUUCUCAAGAACGUGUAUUUCGGCAACCUGUGGACAGGGACGGCCACCGUGGCCGCCACAUUACUAUUGCUCAUGACUCUUAUUCAGACCAUGGCUUCCACCUUUCAAGUUAUGCAGGACGCUCCUUAUUGA